AUGCACCAGCCCCAGUCCGCCGAGUUUAUACUGAAAUGCAAUGUCAUUUGUUAGUCUUUAAGAUGUCCCAGCUCCUGCUAGGGAGGAGGAGGAGGAAUGGGGCAGAGCUGUCUCCAAUUGGCCAGUCAUGCUGCCAUGGAAACCGGAGACGCCAGGCUGUGAUGCGUGGGAGCCCUGGCUGAUCUCUGAAGCGGCUAUUUUGGCCCCAACGCGCUGGGUAAUAAGAAGAUUUUUUUCUCCGGAGCCUUGGGAGUAGAAAAGGGUCGCCUCCACUUAUCCUCCUGUUUACUUAUCCUCCUGUUUAUCCUCCAGUCUAACUCCUUGGUGUCGCUGCACCGUUUUCAAUGCUGUGACUGACACCUAAAGAAGACUGCCUCUGAAGACAAGUCCUUUUCCUCGUUACUGGGUAUUGUGUGCAUAUGUUGCAGCAACUGUCAUAGAGAAGGAUUCCUUGCUGGAUAACAUUGAAAGAGAACAAUGGUGAGCAGGAAAAAAGAAUUGACUUUGCAGGCGGUUGUCAAUAAUCAGGAACUUUGGGAAGAACUGCUGUGUUCCAGAGGGCUGAUAGUGGUAGACGUUUAUCAGUGCUGGUGCGGUCCUUGUAAAGCAGUAGUAAACCUCUUCAGGAAAAUAAGAAAUGAGCUUGGGGAUGAUCUUCUGCAUUUUGCUGUGGCUGAAGCAGAUUCAGUUGAUGCCCUAGAGAAAUAUCGUGGGAAAUGUGAACCUACAUUUCUGUUCUAUGCUGGUGGAGAAUUAGUAGCAGCUAUAAGAGGAGCAAAUGCACCAUUGCUACAGAAAACCAUCCUUGAGCAACUAGAAGCCGAAAAGAAGGUCUUGGAUCAUGGGGCAGAGAGAGUGGUGAUCCAGGAAAAAGCCUUCCUUUGGGAAAAAGAAAAUAUUACUGUUGAAGAAAAUGGAAAAGAGGAAGAGGAAGAAGAGGGUGAAGAAGACAAAGCAGAUUAAUUCAAUAUCUUCUGGAAUUGGCUUUCCAGCUGCCAUUUGGAAGAUGAUGAAAAAUAUGAAUGUUUUUCUGUUACAGCAGUCACAAAAAGAAAGGGUUAAAAGCGUUGGCAACUCAUUGCCAAAAAGGGGUGGGGGUGGGGGAGUGUGUUUUAGGCAGAGGCAGUCUGUUUAUGUGAAAAUUCAUGUCAGGAAUGUAUGUCACAAAACAAUCCUGAGCAAGGCUACUUGGAAAUAAGUUCCAGUUUAUCUAACUAAAUUAUGCUUUUCUUAAUCCCAGGAAAGUAUUAUUGCAGCCAAGCAGUCCCAUCCAAAGGAGAAGGCUGAAAGGGUCUGUGGAAACGGCACACAGCUGCAUUGGUGUCAUCACCCUACCCCUGGCACUCACUCUAGAGCAGGGAGCAGACGCACAGCUCAGGCCGUGGUAGGGCUGCACUGGUGUUCUGCUCAGAUGCCAGCAUGGGGGGUGGGGUGGGCCAGUUAGUCUGACAUUAGUCAGCUCCCUCCUGGGGUUGAGGGCCAGUUGUGUGGUGCACUGGCCAUUCAACAUAUGCCAGCAGGCAUGUUUCAAUCCUUUCAAUUCUAUUUUUGGUGGCAGGGGGCUUUUUGGGCAGUGUGGGGCUUCAGGGCUUUUUCCUGCUUCUCACACUGCCGGAAAGUCCUUUUGGAGGCAGUGGGUGGGGUGGUGCUGCAGUGGCGCUGCAUUGGCACUAUGGCCCACUGCCAGAGAGUUUGGAUGGGACUGUCAAUGUAAAACCUCUAUUAACCACGAAAUAUUUGUCUUCUAAAUAAUGCUACAAGUAUAUAAUUGAGAAACUGCUUUACAGUGACUUAGAGCCAUGUUUAUUUGUGGAGUUCCAGGGGGUGUACUUUUGUUAAUUGUUCAUUUUUUGAGGUAUAUGAUACAUAUCUUGUAUCUCGAGGGCUUUGCUAUUUGCUCUUUACAGCAAUCUCCAUCAGAUGUUUCCAUGUUGAGGCAGGGCUGUGUGUGUGUGUGUGUUUGGCAGCACUCAUUAAUGCUGUGUAUUGGCAUGUUUUCAGGGCUCUCCCAAGUUUUGAUCCUCAUGUGCUGGCCCGCCUCACUGAGCCAAAGAGAGAUCCUUUCUGUACAACACACAUAAAACAUCUUGCAGACAUUUAAAAGGAACCAUUUUGGCUUGGUUUUUUUGGUCUGCGUAGCAUGAACAAAUAAAGUGUUUGCAAGGAAAGUGAUUCUUUUUCUUGAACCUCCCCCCAGGUCUUACUUUCAGUUUCCACAGAGUAGCUCGUGCCCCCCAUGGAAAUGGGUGGAAAUUGGUGCAAUCUGAUAUAUGAAUAGUGAUGCUUUUUAUUUUUAACGAAAAAGCAUUUAAAGCAGAACAGAACUGAAUUAGCAAUUUUGCACAUCUGUAGACUAUCAAAAAAUCAACAGAGCUGUACCUUUGUGGCAGCCAUCUUUAAUCCUAGGCUAUGAGCUCAUCAGAUCUCAGAAAGUAAGCAGAGAUGGCCCUGGCUAAUAUUUGGAUUAGAACCACCAAGUAAUACCAGGGCUGUUUUGCUGAAGAAAACAAUGGCAAACCACCUCUUGUCUUGAAAACCCUAUAGGAUUGCCAUAAAUUGGCUGCAACUUGAUGGCAUUUCAUGGUGGUUUUCACCAUGGAAAUAUUACAGUUAAUCUCAGUUUACAACAUGUAGAUUUUACAGUUAUGUACUAAUCUUAGUAGGGCCGAAAAUCUUGACAUAAAUAUAAAUUUAUGGUAGACAACUGCCUGAAAUAUACUUUUGCUGCUUUUGGCAAUGAGUUGACAAUGACAGUAAGAUCCAGGAAGCAUUUUUGAUUAAUGUAUAUGACACUUAACUGUUUUAAUAAAGAAAU